AUGACAAUGAUUUCUAUAACUUCAGUGGAAACGACAAUGGACAAUGAUUUACAUAAUUACAGUGGAAACGACAAUAAUUUCCAUAACUACAGUGGAAACGACAAUGAUUUCUAUAACUUCAGUGGAAACGACAAUGAUUUCCAUAAUUACACUGGAAACGACAAUAAUUUCCAUAACUACAGUGGAAACGACAAUAAUUUCCAUAACUACACUGGAAACGACAAUAAUUUCUAUAACUUCAGUGGAGACGACAAUGAUUUCCAUAAUUACACUGGAAACGACAAUAAUUUCCUUAACUACAGUGGAAACGACAAUGAUUUCCAUAACUACAGUGGAAAUGACAAUGAUUUCUAUAACUUCAGUGGAAACGACAAUGAUUUCCAUAAUUACACUGGAAACGACAAUAAUUUCCAUAAUUACACUGGAAACGACAAUGAUUUCCAUAAUUACACUGGAAACGACAAUAAUUUCAAUAACUACAGUGGAAACGACAAUGAUUUCCAUAACUACAGUGGAAACGACAAUGAUUUUUAUUAUAACAGUGGAAACGACAAUAAUUUCAAUAACUACAGUGGAAAUGACAAUGAUUUCUAUAACUUCAGUGGAAAUGACAAUGAUUUCCAUAAUUACACUGGAAACGACAAUGAUUUCCAUAAUUACACUGGAAACGACAAUGAUUUCCAUAAUUACACUGGAAACGACAAUAAUUUCAAUAACUACAGUGGAAACGACAAUGGUUUUUAUUAUAACAGUGGAAACGACAAUAAUGUCCAUAACUACAGUGGAAACGACAAUGAUUUCCAUAACUACAGUGGAAACGACAAUGAUUUCCAUAACUACAGUGGAAACGACAAUGAUUUCCAUAACUUCAUUUGA